AUGCGCCAGAUAUGGCGCUUAAGAGGGCUCUGUGCCUUAACAUUCGUGUUGCAGGCGCUUGCGUUGGCACAGCUGCAUAUAGUGGACGCUCUACAUAACUCUCGGCUUGGAACUAACCUGAGACGCUGUUAUUCCGCUCAUGUGACAUCUGUAGUUAAACAUAGAGCGAAUGGGAGCUAUAUGCAACAGCGUGUGUGCGGAGACAGUCCUGCGAUGUCUAAUGGUUUGGCACGGAGUGGAGCUGUACCGCAAAGCGUCACCUGCAACCCUGCGUUUGUACCAACGAUUGGCAUGGAUGCAGACGGACUGUAUGGAAGAAGACCGAAGGCAAAUCGAAUACAACGAAACAGAUUGGCACCCUGGCAUAUGGCUGUGAGCAAGACACCGAUUUCCAGCGAUGAUGAAUUGCGAAGAGAUAACAGUGGAAAUGGUCUUUACGAUCAUAGUUCCGGUCGCGAUAAUGACUCUGGCGGCAGAGGUGCCAUAGGUGACAACACGGAGAGCAGCAUACAUGGCAAUAUAAGCAGCAAGCGACGAAUCGGUGAGCGGAGUGAAUCGUUGAACGAUGAAAACUUCAUACCUCCCAUAAUCAAGUCCUGUGGAGGCAAGAUGAAGACACCUCCAGCAGCUGAUAGCAAUUCAAAGAAUUCAAAAACAGCUAAGGGCAUUAGGCCUGCCAGUUCAGAGGGAAAGUCCAUAACUCCUAAGAAUGUCACUGGAAUGCGAUCUAGCGUGGCGCAUGUUGAUCGUGGACUGAAUGACACAAGGGAUCUCGUGGACGGUCAAAACGUCAACAACAGCGAUGAAGAAGGUGACACUGCUGCGUACGUGCGGAAGGAGGGUACAUCCAUCAGCGAGGAAGUAGCAAAAUACGAAGACCUCUACACGACCAUGGAGUCAUGGGGACAAUCCACAAAAAAGGGCGACCGCGACAUUUAUAGAUUCCUCAAAAGAAGGCUAAAGGACGUUCAGCAAUCAGCUGAAGUUCAAUACGCCGAGGACGGAGAUGGAAUGACUGUGGAUGAUUUUCUUGAAGCAAUAGACGGGCUGGGAUACGAGAUUGAAGACCACCCUGAUAUCCCUUAUAAAUGGCACCGCUACCUGGAAAUCAUUAGAUUGGGUUAUGACGAGAAGAUUAGGGCUGCAAGGCGCAGCAAAAAGCUGACUGCAACAGACGUAAUCGAUAAAUGUCUAAGGCAACUAAAACGGGAAGAACCGGGCGGAUACAGAUACCCCAUCGCGGGAACACCAGACGAAAAUUACAGCGACCCGAACGUGUACAAGGCCUGGGGACGCACGGGACUUUAUCACACCCAAUAUAUGAAAAAGCCGGGCACCACGUCUGGUGAGGUAGAGACAAGGAACGAUACUUUGGAAGAGCUCAUUCUCUCGAACUCGCCACUGAAAGAUAUGGACGAAAUAGAGAAACAACUUGAGGACCUCAGACACAAAAGGUUAGAGAAAGAGAUUGGAGAGAUCGAAAAUGUGAAGGCGGAAACAUCUAUUGAUUCAUUGCCAGAAGUGGCUGGCAACAUAUCGACGACAGAUUCUACAGCCACCGCCACAGAAUCGAAUGAAUGUAGUACCAUAGCAUCAAAGGUUGAUGCGGAUGUGGAAAUGAAGUCCGAAAGUGAUAUACGGCAAGAGAGCACUGCAGCGGCUGAUGGGCAUAGCAUCGGAAGUGAUGGUACACAAGCAAUGCCAAGUAUUACCGCCCCAACGUUCACCGCCACUGUUGAUGGGGAAUACAAAUUAGUUGACGCCGAAUUCCUAAAAAGUGAGAGGCAGAGGCAACUUGAAUUACUUCUGUCAUUAAACCCCUACAACCCAUGGGACGAAUACAGACGCAUUACACGAGUUAAAUCCGGACUGAAAAUCAAAGACCCCAUUCAAGUCAAGUAUAAACUCAAUACAGUAGAGCUAAAGGUUAAAUUUGAAUCUUCAGACAAUUAUGACGUUGACACGGGAGACAGCUCGGCUGACUCCGUGUUGAGCCGGGAAUCGAUGGGGGGUAUGGCAGACAACAUCCCCAGCAUGGGAGAUACCCUGCAAAGAGAUUCCAGAGAUGAAAAGAUAGAGGAUGUAGUGGCGGAGAGAAACCAAUCACACAAAGGCCAAACAAAUCACGUUCAACUCCCUCCGAACUUCUUGCAAGAUUACUUGCACUAUUUUCUCAUGCUGCCUGAAGACCAUCAGAUGUUGCAAGAGUUCGAAAAGGCUGAAUAUCUGUACGACGUACUCAGAUACUUCGACCCAUUUGAUAGAGAGGAGCCAAAGCCGGAGCCUGAGAUACCUGACGCACAUGAUCGGUUGUUUAGCAUCAUAUUUCCUGGGUGGGAAGGGUUCCCAAAGCCACCGCCAGACCCUGUGUACCCUAUGACAUUGACACCGGAUAAAGCUCCUGAAACGUAUAGAGUCAAUGCAAUAAAUGCAAUGGUCGCUCUUUUGAAAGCGCGGCAACUAUCGCUAACGCCGACCGCAGAUAUGCUUCAGGAACAACGAGUUAGGGCAAUCCUCACUUCAAUAGAACGCUCACUAGAACUCGAGAUUAAAAGGAUAAAAUUAGGAUUAGUGGACAUUGAAGUUCCAGGCAUUGAUGCGCAACUUUGCAAAGUGGAUGAUGCUUAUUUGGCCACUCUAUCUGCCACCCUAGCUUUCUGGAACAUUCGUGAUGGCAUAGAAACUAUUGUGGAUGAGAUUGUUGUGCUUACAACAGCAAACAUGUCACAAAUGCGCCCCAAGUACCUCAUUGCAAUCGCCGUGAACUUAUCCAAUCUGCAUAAGUUGCCAAAAUCCGUUUUCCUAAAGUUCGUUAAAGCGGUAACGCAACAUGUGCAGCAGCAGAUGGCAGCUGAUCUGGUAAAAUCCGCUGUUGAUGUUGACCACAUUAAGUGCAUGGACUUCGAUACGGCAGCUCAAAUGCUGAACCUCUUGGCCAGAUAUCCAGGUGCACUUGGUCGUGAUUUUAUGGUUGCUUUCAUGCAGCUGUACAGACGCGACAUCAUGCAACUCAAGGUACCAGAAUAUAACUGCAACAAGGAUGUAAUUUUAAACUCAGACGUGCAUGAAUCAGAGAGUGGUGCUGCUUCUGCGGAGGGAUUUAUAGCGCAAAAUAAUAAAGGCGAAUCAGGUACACGGCCAGGAUGCACAAAGUCAAGUGAUUGUUCAAGCAACCCCAACAGACCAUUCGACAUCAAUGUAACAUCUAAUAAUAAUAAUAAUGGCGUGGCUCUAGUGGUGGGACCUCAGUAUUGGGAAUACCUCCGACAGGCAACUGACGAUGAGAUGGCAACGGUACACCGUAAACAAGAUGAGAGCGCACAACAAUUGAAACGCGAACUAAACGUGCGUGGCAUGAGAGGUCGAUUUGUGCAACAUGUCUGGUCUUUGAUAAGCUGCCUAAGCUGGUGCGACCUAAUUAAGGAAUAUAAAAAUGUUGUAGAUAUGUUCAAUAUGACAUCUCUCCUUCAGGAUUUCGAGUUAAGCUCAGUGGGAGCGCUAGCAGUGUUACAAACAUGCUCCCAGCAAACCGAUAAAGAACGCACGCUUAUUGCUAAAGCGUUAUCCGCUCUCAGGGAUGUACGAUCUAUGAUAAGCGAUGAGACGUGGUUAGAAGCCAUGGAGAUUUACAGCGACGCAACCAAUACAGGGCGCGACGGAGCCGAACCAAGGAUAAAGCCGGAUCGCGCUUUCAUCUCUGCCAUGAUGAACCGUUUUGUGGACCAUCGGCAACCUAGCUGGAAGAUACUGCGGAGAGCGGUGGACCUUCUGCACGGUUUCUCAAAUGCCCUCUCAAAGAACCAGCGACAGGAACUGUUUCAGCAAAUGUGCGAAUCUGUCUGUGACUACGCACAUCUACAGUUGCAGGCGCUCAACGCGGAGCGCUUGGACUAUCCAUUGAGGGAGAUGGCACAUGUUCUGCGGGUAUCCGCCGCAUGCGGUGUCCGCAUAGACAAAGUGUGGAAGAUUUUCCUCGAUCUUUUGAAGGUAUUUAAACACACGCUAUCUGUGGAGGAUAUUAAGGAGACGCUUCUGGCUCUUAAAGCGGCCAAUUACACGUCUUUAUCCGAAAUGGGUGAACUGUUGAUUCGUCGAAUGUGCGAUAUUGUGGAGGUGAUGCCGUACACGGCACCCGAAGACGUAUGCGAGAUCAUGGAAAUAGGUCUGUCAAUUAAAAUAAAUCCAACAAAGCUGCUGCGAUGGUUCCUGUACCUUUCAUUCCACGAGGUUCCCGAACGUGACAUGGACAGACUAGCGAUGGACAUGGUUGGAGAAAAACUGGACUACGAAGUGGACUUUCGUGGAUGGAAGAGACCUGUGGGCCAAGGUACGCCAGGUGAAAGGCUGCGACUUUUCAACAACCUUUUUACACCAUACAAGAUGCAUGGGUCGAAGGCAUAUUAUCCCAGCGAUGAACUGAAGUAUGUCAUGCAACAGAGCAUCAGAGACCCACCGCCGUACUCUGCUGAAAUUAAACCCAAACCAGGAAUUAAGUUGCCACGCCAGCUCGGUGACAGAAUCAAAGUCAUCGUACAACAGAUGAUCUACUCGGGAUAUGAGUGUUCUCAAGCCGACGUCGAGCUGUUCAAGUUGGCAGGAGUGAUGCCACAGAAGGCGGAAAAUGGUCAAACGUCUGCAAACAGUUGCAUAGAUGUGAUUGGGCUACAACACUAUAAAGACAGUGACACCGAUUAUUAA